UCCAAGAAAUGUUUUUUUUAUUUUAUUUUUUUUCGUUUCAGAAUUUGCGUUCUUUGCGUUAAAAUUGUGACAUGUUAUUGUGUCAAUCAAAACAUGUAGUUAUGUUUAAAUAACAAAUGGGACUGAACGUCAACGGUCUCGAUUGACCAUGUCUUCUGAAAAUCUGGAAAUUGUACACGAAGGAUGGUUGACAAAAUCACCCCCUGCAAAGAGAGUCCUGAAAGCAGUCAGUGUUAAAUUGAAAUGGCGCAGAAGAUGGUUUGUGUUACGCCAUUCUGGUGAAUUACCUGGUCAAUAUUUCCUGGCUUAUUAUACAGAUAAAAGUCGCAGAAAAAUGAAGGGUCGGAUAGAUUUAGAUCAAUGUGAACAAGUUGAUGCGGGAUUAAAAUUUGAAGAUCGCAAAUCAAAAUAUCAUUACAUGUUUGAUAUAAAAACACCAAAAAGAACAUAUUAUUUGGCAGCAGAAUCAGAAGAAGAUAUGAAUAAAUGGGUUGAUUUUGUAUGUCACGUUUGUGGCCUUAAACCAUUCACAGUUGAUGAAAAUGCUGAUUUUGAAUGUCCAUCUGUUAAUAAUAUAUGUAGACCAUUUCCUCUGAGUGUUGAAGAACAUGAUGAAGAACAUUCAUCUCCCGAUUCACCAACGAGCACAUCUUCUAGCCAUUACAUUCCUAUAAGUGAAUGUAUAUCUGGAAAGCCAUUACUUCCAAUUCUUCCUCGUUCAACUAUUGAAGAGUCUUAUGAUUUACCUCGGCGUAUAAGACCUCCGCCGCGUCUUUCAGAAUCACCUCCACCAAGUCCUGGUUCAGAAUCAGUGUUUACUGAUGAUGAAUCAAUAAAUGGUAGUACUUUGAGUCGGCCAUCUGUCAAUUGGCAAACGUUCCCUCGUUUAUCUCAAAACUCGCCAGACUUGCCAGUAGCAGCCAAUAGAAGGUUUACCAAAAUAUUACCAGAGGGGUGUUUAACAGCACCACCAAGGCCACCAAAACCAUCUCACCUAAUAGAAACUUCAACAAAAACCGAUAAACUAGUUGAACCUAUAACAGGAGAUGAAACUUAUGACUUUCCAAGGUCCCAUCAAAUGACACCACCUCAAGCACAGCCCAGGACACAUCGUAGACAUUGUUAUACAAAUGCAGCCCCAGGUCAAGUUUCUGGUAAUAUUUUCACUUAUGAUUUUGUGGAAGACUGUGGACCAAAAGUUGAAGAAGGUAAAACUGUAGAAUCAGAAUCUCCAAGUUUUAUAAAUUCUCCUUCUGCAACUGCCAAUGUAAGUUCUGCUUCAUUAGAACAAACCCCUCCUGCUGUUAAUCGUCAAUUAAAGCCUGGCAGAAAGUUUUCUGAUACUUCUGCUGAACUCUCGCCAUUGACUCCAUUAGCUAAUCCACCUAUUGUAAACCGAAGGCUAAAACCUACUCAAAUUAAAAAAAACCAAGAUUCCUCUUUUGAUACGACUAGUACUUUAAGAUUAUGUCCACCACCAAUGGGUAGUUUGAGCCGUCAGAAAUCUCGUAUAGGACCCAAUGUUGUUCCUACAAGUUUUGAACCUCGAAUCCAUAGGCGGCAUUCAGCAUCUGAUGAUCGACUAGCUUCAGACAAAGUAUCCUCAUAUCAAAUCAAUAAGAUUUCAUCAAACUCACGAUAUCUAGCUGAAGCAAGUCGUUUCAAUGAUAUCCAAUAUUUAGAUCUAGAAUUUGAAUCUUGUGACAAACAAUAUACAGUAGGUAAUCGAACAACUACAAAAGCAACCACUAAGAAAAAACCAUGCAAUGUAGGCAGUCAAUUCACUUUGGUAAUGCAUGAUUAUUCUAUAAUUGAUGGUGCAUACCCAUACAAAACAGUAGAUUUUUUGAAAACUGCUGCUUUGUCAAUGACUAGAAAACGUGCUGAGCAAGAACGACGAUUUGGUAGACAAAAUAUGGUAAAUUAAAUAUUUAUAGGGUGCUUAAUUAUGAUCACACAAUGCUUAACUUGUCACAUAUUUUAAGUUAUGCAAUAAUUGAGCAAUUACUGGCUCUUAACAUUUACAUAUCUUAGAUCAAUCAAAGCUUUCAAUUGUAGUUCUUAUAUAACUUGGGGCUUUUAUGUUGAAAUUAUACGAAAUUAUAUAAAUAUUAAAUACAUUAAUAUAGUCUAUAUGUUAAAUUAUCUACUAUAAUUUAUGAUCAAUCCAUAAAUAUUUGUUAAAAAAUCAAUAUUAUUUCAAUUUUUCUUUAACAAUUGGAAAGUUUGGGCAUAUAAUUUUAGUUAAUUAUUAAAUAAUUCUAGAGUACAUAUCAUCUUUAAUAAUUAUAUAUUACCUAUUUAAUCCAAGAACAAAAAUUAAUUUACACAAAGUAUUUAUAACGUAACAUUCAAUAUAAAAAAUAAAGUGUCAUUAUACUCAUUAAUUUAUCACCAAAUAUUUAAAUCUUGGAAUAUCUUAAACGAAACAUAUUGUCAAUUAAUUAAUGUAUGAAUGAUAAUCAAAAUAUUAAUAUAACUGGGUGUUUUUUAGAUUAUAAAAUUAAUUUAAAAGGUCUUGAAAAUUUACAGAUUAAGUCAUUUUUAUAGAAAUUUAAAAUGUUCUACAUUAUAACAUAUCUCUAUGAGCUGAUUAAUUUACAUAUUUGUGAUAAUAUUAAAUAUUAAAUGCACAUAAACAAAUUCAAUAACUUGUUAAGGGUUUGCCAUUUUAUAUAGGUCCAAUCAUACAAGCAUAUAAUUUAGAUUUUGUUAUAUUUAUUUUAAUAUGAAUCCUAAUAUGUAAAAUUAUAUAUUUGAUAUUUUUGUGUGACUUUGUAAUCUUAAUAUUCUUUAACUUAACUGACAUAAAAUCUAUACUACCCAUAUCAGUAUGUAUUGUCUCUAAAUUAAUAGCCACAUUAAAUUAUUUCAAAUUUUUAUUGAAAAUUAAAAUAUAUGUAUAUUUUAUAUUUUUAUAAAUUGAUAUGAUCAAAACUUCAAGUAAUGUUGGUGAUUUUUUUUUUAUUUAUUAAAGCUAUAAUUUUUUUUGUCGCCCAAUAUUUUUUUUAAGGAAAUUGAACCAAAACUAUUUUGUAAAACGUUUUUACAAAUUUGUUAUGAUUUUUAGGUGAAUUUAUGUUUUCAUUAAAUUUUAAUAUAUGUGUAUAAAUUGACUAUACAUUUGUUUAUGAUUUAUUAUAUAAUUAUUAAUAUUUUGGCUUAUGUGACCUCCCAUUGAUGUACGCAUGUAAUCUUGUUAUCCAUUUAUAAUAUAAGAAGACAAUCUCAUUACAAAUAUUUAUGCAUUAUUUUGAUUAUAUUUACUUAUACCAUAGUCAAAUUAUAAUUAUUAUUUUAUUUAUUAUAUUUAUACACAAUUUAAAAUGUUUAAUUACCUAAUAUGUUCAUUAUUUUUAUAACAUUUAUAUAAUACGAUUAAAAAACAUUACCCUAAUGAAAUUAGGUUAAAUUAAAUAGCCUAAGUUAUUUUCUGAUAUAUUUAGACUGUUAAAACUAUAUAUUUUUAAAGUUUAUACGUAUUAUUAUUUUUAUUAAAAUUACCAAAAAAAAUAUAUAUAUAUAUUGAUAUUAAAUUUUAUUUUAUAUUGCCAA